AUGAAAGCUAAAGUCCCAAAAGACUUCAAAGCCCCAGAUAUGACCCCAUACGAUGGUACAACCAACCCAAGUCAUUUCCUCAGCAACUUUAGGAGCUGCAUGUACCUCACAAAUGCUUCAGACGCAACCCGUUGCAAAGCCUUCCCGACCACCUUGACUAAGACGACAAUAAAGUGGUUUGACAGCUUGCUGCUAAGGCCAAUAACAAGUUUCAAUGACCUCGCCAAAAAGUUCUUAGCCAGAUUCUCCAUCCAGAAAGACAAAACCAAGAACGCUCCAAGCCUGCUAGGGAUUAAGCAAGGAGAUCGGGAAAGCCUCCGCAGCUACAUGGAGAGAUUCAAUAAAGCGUGCCUUGACAUACAAAAGCUUUCUACAAAAGCAGCAAUUAUGGGACUCAUCAACGGUUUACGGGAAGGACCCUUUAGGCACUCCAUAUCAAAUAAACACCCAACAUCCCUGAACGAGGUACAAGAAUGGGCGGAAAAGUACAUUAAUAUGGAGGAGAACUCCCGAUUAGGAGAAACCUUGGAGACCAGAUUCUCCCACCCACCUCGGAACAAGGAUAAAGAGUCCAGGAAAAAAUAA